AUGGUCAGGAAGUCUGUAGUGUCCGCCAUCUCCAAUGGAAGCUACCUCCAGGGGGAUGCCCAUGGUCACUUGCCCACCGUGGGGAGCAAAGAGCCCUUGGAGCAGGAGAGGGUGGUAUUGAAGAAAAAAAUCACGCUGCUGAGGGGCAUCUCCAUCAUCAUUGGCACCAUCAUCGGGGCUGGCAUCUUUAUCUCCCCCAAAGGAGUUCUCCAAAACACGGGCUCUGUAGGCAUGUCUCUGAUCGUCUGGACAGUCUGUGGGAUCCUGUCUCUGUUUGGAGCUUUAUCUUACGCUGAAUUGGGAACAUGUAUAAAGAAAUCUGGUGGUCACUAUACUUAUAUCUUGGAAGUCUUUGGACCUUUGCCAGCUUUCGUCAGAGUCUGGGUGGAGCUGCUUAUAAUACGCCCUGCUGCCACUGCUGUGAUAUCCUUGGCAUUUGGACGCUAUAUCCUGGAACCAUUUUUUAUUCAGUGUGAAAUCCCAGAACUUGCAAUCAAGCUAAUUACGGCCGUGGGCAUCAGUCAUACAGAACACUUUAGAAAUGCCUUUUCAGGAAACGAUGCCAGUAUUAUGGGAUUACCAUUGGCUUUUUAUUAUGGAAUGUAUGCAUAUGCUGGCUGGUUUUACCUCAACUUUGUUACUGAAGAAGUAGAAAAUCCUGAGAGAAAUGUUCCUCUUGCAAUAUGUAUAUCAAUGAUCAUAGUUACAGUUGGCUAUGUCCUAACGAAUGUGGCCUACUUUACUACCAUCAGUGCUGAGGAAUUGCUGCUCUCGAAAGCUGUGGCAGUGACCUUUGCAGAGAGGCUUUUGGGAAAAUUCUCAUUAGCAGUCCCUGCCUUUGUUGCCCUUUCCUGCUUUGGUUCCAUGAAUGGGGGAGUUUUUGCUGUCUCCAGGUUGUUUUAUGUUGCUUCCCGUGAGGGUCACCUUCCAGAAAUCCUCUCCAUGAUUCAUGUCCGCAAGCACACUCCUCUGCCAGCUGUCAUCAUUUUGUACCCUUUGACGAUGAUAAUGCUUUUCUUCGGAGAUCUUUAUAGUCUUUUGAAUUUCCUCAGUUUUGCCAGGUGGCUUUUUAUUGGGCUAGCAGUUGCAGGGCUGAUUUAUCUCCGAUACAAACAGCCAGAUAUGCAUCGUCCUUUCAAGGUGCCACUGUUUAUCCCAGCGCUGUUUUCCUUCACGUGCUUUUUCAUGGUGAUCUUGUCCCUUUAUUCGGAUCCACUCAAUACUGGGAUAGGCUUUGGGAUCACACUAACUGGUGUCCCGGCAUACUACUUCUUCAUUGUCUGGGACAAGAAGCCAACGUGGUUCCAGAGAAUAUCAGGUAGAAUAACCAGAACCCUGCAGAUCUUGCUGGAAGUUGUGCCCACGGAUGAUGACCAAAAUAAAUCAUGA